UCAAUAAGCGCCGGCAUACAAAGCUGUUGCUUUUGCACUUCCACUAAAUUGGCGCGAUUUUUCCAUUCCUGCUUGUUUUGUUGUUUAAUUUAAUUGCUUUAACUUGCUGUAAAUAUGUUUCCGCAAAAAUUAUCAGAAGUAUACCGUACGCCUGGUGACCAUCAGCCACCGGCAGACAAAAACCUGGCCGGCAACCUGGAGUAUCCAAAUCUCAAUGCUGCCGAUGUACGUGCACAGCCGGCCAAUAUUUCGCCCCAGCUGCACGAAUGUUGGGACAGCAUUGCCAUUAGUGAGGAGAAGGAGUAUGUGCUCGCCACCAACCGUCGCCAUGGAUGCGAUUGGCGGGGUAUGUUUUUUGGCUACUCGGAGAGUAACGUCGGUCACAUGACCGUCGAAAAUGCGGACUUCAAGCUGCAAUCGGAUCACGUCGUCAACAUUGUACGCUAUGCGGACAACAAUGUGCUGCUGGUGGCUCCGGGAGACACACAACUGCAGGCAUGGUCAACACGCUCGGCCGUCUAUAAUUCGAAGGACCCUUUCUUUCUUUUCGAACUGGACAAAGCCGUAGCCCACAAUUCGCCGAUUAGCCACAUGAGCGUGUUCAAAGCGGAUCCACAAAAGUGUGUGUCCGCGUGUGCCAGUGGGCACUUGAAAAUGUGGUCUAUUAUCGAAGCCGGUCUGAAAAGCUUCUAUCACGCUCGCGUCUCACAUUCAGACAAAUUUUCGGGCCUGGCCACGCCCGCUAUCACUGCCAGCCAGUUCGUUACUUGCGAUCGCAGUGGAUGCUCCCGCCUAUGGGAUGCCCGUGCAGGAUCGCCCUCUUCGACGACCCUCUUCAACGACGCUGAUCGUGCGUUGAGCUUCACUUGCGCCGCCUGGGCCGCUCCCUCAGAGCUCCAGGGCGAAAAUCACGUAUAUCUGGGGGACUUUGAUGGAAAUGUCCAUAUAGCGGACAUUCGUGUGCCAUGCAAGCUGCAGGAGACGAUCCAAUGCUUUGAGAACGGCAUCGUGUCACAGCUCGAGAUCAAUGGAGCUCAUCUGGCGGUCAUGAGCAAUAUGCCCGCUUCCGUGAAGAUCGCCAGAGUAAACGAAGACGGAAAACCCGAAUUUAUCUACACCAAGGAAAACAUCCACAAGCGCCAAACGGACGCCAUAUGGACCGAUUCACGCACACUCCUCACCGUUGGACACGGCCGCAAAAUGGCCAUUCAUCAACUGGAACUCGCCAACUCUGCUGUGGAUUGCGGCGACUAAACCUGUAUUGCAUUAUCCCUACAUUUUUGAGAAUGAUCCGUAAAAGCGGACAGGAAUCACUCAGCUCUAAAAUAUGCCUGUGAUCUGAUCCCUCAGAGCCUCCAGUGCAAAAACUAUUUAGUUGUUCUAUUGUGCCUUAUCGUAAAGAGUCAAACAGGGCUAAGCUCUAAAAUAAAGUCUGAUAAACUGGCUGUUUACAUCAGGUUCAAUAAAACCCAUGAUUCAAUCUUUUUAUAAACGACGGAUGCGCCUCCUUCUAUAAGACUGAUCUGAUAUGGGCACCUCAAAAAACAGGUGCUGGUCAUAACAAAACGAAUAAUGUCUACAGAAAUCGCAAAUGUUUCAAGUAAAUGUUUAUUAAAUUGCAGAAUAUGUAACGUAACGAUGACAAUAACGAUUAAAACUAGUUUUUGCGUCUGAAACUAAUUAAGGAAAUAAAAUAUUUAAAACAUU